UCGGCUCCGCUCGGGCCGCACUCGGCUAUUUCCGCCUCUUUGUUUUAAACUCCGGGCCGAGCCCUUUAAUUCCCCCUUUUUUCUUUUUAAAAUUUUCUUGGGAAAGGGAAGAGGGGCCGGUGUUUCCCUCCGCCUCGUGUUUCCGACUCCUCUGCUCUCUGCCCUGCGGUGGCGCUCGGAGAAGGACGGGCCGGGGAGCGGAGGGUCGGCGGCGGCGGGGGGAGCCCCCGCUGUAGCCCCGAGCGGCGGCCGCGCCCCCCCGUCAGGUCUCUGGAUGGCAGACUCUGAAAAGAAAUGCUGUUUUAAGAGUGUUUACAAAACUCCUAAAGAAAGUGAUGCUAAGAAUUAGGGAAGAUGUUAUUGCUAUUUUCUACACAACCUGUGGACAGAAAUCAAGGAAGCAAUUCAAGUUUUCUGCAAAGUCUGAGCAUUUAUGUUAUCUGACUGAACUGACAUCUUGACACCAAAGAUGCUAACAAGGAAGAUUAAGCUUUGGGACAUUAAUGCCCAUAUAACCUGUCGUCUGUGCAAUGGAUACCUGAUUGAUGCUACUACUGUAACAGAAUGCUUGCAUACCUUCUGUAGAAGUUGCCUAGUGAAAUAUUUGGAGGAAAACAACACCUGUCCAACAUGUAGGAUUGUUAUACAUCAGAGCCACCCAUUACAGUAUAUUGGUCAUGACAGAACAAUGCAAGAUAUUGUUUACAAACUUGUGCCAGGCCUCCAAGAAGCGGAAAUGAAAAAGCAAAGGGAGUUUUAUCACAAACUGGGCAUGGAAGUUCCAGGGGACAUCAAAGGGGAGACAUGUUCUACAAAACAGCACCUAGAUUCUCAUCGAAAUGGUGAAACUAAAGCAGAUGAAAAUAUAAAUAAAGAAACUUCGGAGGAAAAACAGGAAGAAGAUAAUGACUACCACCGAAGUGAUGAACAGGUAAGCAUCUGCUUGGAGUGCAAUAGCAGCAAACUGCGUGGAUUGAAACGAAAAUGGAUUCGUUGUUCUGCACAAGCAACAGUCUUGCAUCUAAAGAAGUUUAUUGCCAAAAAACUCAACCUUUCUUCUUUUAAUGAGCUGGACAUAUUAUGCAAUGAAGAGAUUCUUGGCAAGGACCAUACGCUCAAGUUUGUAGUUGUUACUAGAUGGAGAUUUAAGAAAGCACCUCUACUGCUACAUUAUAGACCCAAAAUGGACUUGCUGUAAGGGAACUUUAUUGUCCUUCUGGACAGAGCUUUUUGCAGAGACUAUCAUCUGGCACCUUCUUAGUGCGUCACUAAUCACAUGACACAAACCAGCUGAAUAAUUUUGGAAGACUGGAGGGCUUUCAUAGUGGGCUGCCCUGAAUAUUUCUUCUAGGGAUGUGUUACCUAGACUUCUGGGCAGACAAUAUUUAUACUUUUUUUGUACGGAAGAAAGAAGUUUCAACUCAGCAAGACACUACCAGCAUUAAGUUUACAGAUACUGAAAACACUUCACAGUUCCAUGUAGCUCAGCCUGAUUUGUCUCUUACAGUUACACACAGAAAAAAAGUUUGAGUGUUGUGGGGUGAUAUAAAUAUGUUGCUUUUGACACCAAGUUGCAUUUAGUUACUUCUUGCAUUCUAUAUCUUUAAAAACUAUAUUUUUGCAAAGUGUUAUUGUCUUAUAUAGUAUGCCUGAUUGCAUUGGCUUUAUUCAAGUUAUUCUGUAGAGCAUUGAACAUACCUGAUAAUACAGUGACUGGUGAUAAUUUAUUAUGCUGCAUUGAAAACGUAAGAAGAUCUGGGAAACCAGUAAAUUUGUCAUUUUUGCCCAGAUAUUGCUCUCCCUCACCUUGUGUUUUAAUAAAGUUUUGAUACUUCUGUAUACGUGUUAAUUUGGUAAGACUAAUAGAAAUAAUUUCAUUUGAUUUUAAUGUGCUGUGAUCUAUAUUUUGCUGUGGUAUAAAUUGCACCACAUAAUGACAAAUACUCACAAGUGCUAGAUUUGUGAAUUUCUUAAAAAAUAAACAUUUCUGAUGUAUUUGUGGCUUGCAGAAAUCAGUUUUUAAUUUAGAGAGAAUUUGCUAUCUCUAGCUAUUGAAAAAGUGGCUCUUGGACAACUUUGAGAGUAUUGUGGAUUUUUCAUUUCACUGAUUAAAACUUAUGGGCAGCUUUAAAUUUUUUCAGCUGUUUUCUUAUGAAACCAUGGCAUUUUCCUUGCUGCAAUUCCUAACUUACAUGGGAUGGGGAGGAAGGGGGAGUCAAGACAAGAUUAUUUUAGCACCUUUUGGCCUUAACUAGUAAUUUUCCUUGCAUCAGCCCUAAUGGAUACAAGGUAAUACACAUUAAUGUAUGUAUGGGUACAUACAUCUGUGUACACAUAUAACUAUUUAUGUUAUAGAAAGAACCCUCUAUGGCACUUAGCAGGGCUCACUGCACUUUUUGUAAGGCUUUUGGAAAUAAUUGGCUUUUAAAAAACUGUAGUUGAAAGUGAUUUCUGCAAGCUAUAUCCACUGUGUAUCGUCCAUAGUACAAUUGUAAGAACAUUUGUCUGGCACAGGUGUGAAGUCACUGAAAACAGUGUAUGCCCUAUUAUUGCCAGCUGGAAAUAGUUAACCUGAUUUUUGGAAGGAAUUUUUUCCUGUCAGCUGAAAAUGCUAGUCGCUAUUCCUAUUAUUAAACCCUGUUAUUUUUUGAUAAAUUGUCUUUGGAUAAGUAGCUCUGCUUCCUCUUGCUGUGCUCUUUUGCUUCUUCUGCUAGAAAGUGUUACUUAGUAACCAGAAGCUGAUACUGCAAGAGAUUUAUCUAAGCAUUUUAAAUAUUCUUCCUCUUGAGUUUUCAAAGCCCUACAUUCCUCAGCACAUUUCCCUUAAUGUCCCUCUUGUGGCUUCAGUUCUCCUUUUCCAGCUCAGCUGCUGGUUGUGCUUACCUUUGACAACAGGGCUCCUUAUUUUUGAUUACAGUCACAGGUGUGAGUAGCAAGGAAAUGAAAAAGAAAUUAUGUGAGGAGAGAAUGAAAGGGAGCCUCCUGAAUUGUGGAGAUGGAAAGGAGAGCCACACAAUGGCCAGAACAUGCUGCUGUCCUUGCGGCUGAAAGUCUUAAGAUAGCUGCAUUUGAAUGUUUAGGUUAUGCAGAACUCCACAUCUGGUUCUUGUGUGGUGUUUGUGUGCAUGUCUGUGAUUCAUGGAAUCAAAUUUGGCUCUGAUUUUGUCUUGCUGUUUGUGUAUUUUCAGCUUUUUUUUCUGUCUUUAGCAUUACUUGAUCUGGCAGAAAAGAGCAAACAAGAUCAUGUGUCUACCAUAUUUAAAACUUUCCAUGAAAGCAGUCAAUGCAGGUGGUGUGGAUGUGUACACAAGCUGACAUAAUGGGCCUCUCUGGAGCUGUUUCUUACGUGAUUGUUACUGUUCUAGUGUAAAUAAGAGGCUGGCUUUGCCACUGAGGCCCUGAGAAUGUGGACAGGACUGUAAGGGUCCCGGCUCUGUGCACCCAUAGUAUACACACAGUGGCUGUACCUGAUGUAGACAUUGAACUAAAGCUGCCAGACAGCAUUCUGAUUAACCACCUUAAUCAGAAUAUAUAUAUAUAUAUAUAUAUAUAUAUAUAUAUGUACACACACAAACAAAAAUAUAUAUACAUAUACACAUAUAAAUGAGAUCUGUCUACCUCAAGUGUGUGUACUGCAGGAAACUUUUGUAUGACUAGAUACUGACACAGUGCUGUUAAAGUACAUUGGCAUGUCAUUUCUUCCUUAUGUACUUGAGCAACUGAGAAAUUAAUUACGAAUACACGAAUUCAGAAGCCUUUCAAAUCUAUCUCUUGCUGUAACAACUUACAAUACAAAACUCAUAAGUUUAUAACCAUCCUUAGAAUCACUUGAAUUUGUUAUGGUGCUAUCAGUAUAUAGAAAACUCUGUUUAUAUGGAUACAUAAAUUCAAGCCAGUAUUAAUACCUAUAGCUGGGGUUUUUGCUUGUAAUUGUGUGUAACUGCUUUUGCAAUGUGUUUAAUCUGAUAAAACCACAUCAGUUAAAAAAAAAAAAAAACCAAAAAAAAAAAAAAAAACCCACAAAAAACCACCAAAAAAAACAAAAACAAAAACAAAACAAAACAAAAAAAAAAAAACAAAAAAAAAACCACGAACGAAGAAAACCAAACAAAAAAACCCCAAACCAACAGGAAACUCCAAAAUUACUCAGUUGUUUUUCUAAAUCACAUGUGAUAAUAUCUUCACUACAAAAAUUGCCCUCAGAAGUGGUGUGACUCUGUCUGUACCAUAUGUUAGUCUCACUAAAAGACUACAGUGUAGAGCAAGGUCUUCUUUGGGUCAGAGCCUUGUUGAAUUUCUGUGACACUUAAGAGACAAUUUAUAUCAAGAUUAUAUUGGGUAAAGUAACCCUGAUACUGUUGAAAGUUGGACUGAAAUUUGGAUUCGACCAUACAUAUUUCUUAGUCCUGAUGAGAUCAUGGUAGUUGAUUUUGGCUUUUGUGAAGAUGCCAUUACUGUGAAGUAUUUUUUACAAUUUCUUACGCUGGUAAAUAGUUGCAAUAAGGAAGUAUCUUGUUGCAUUAUCCUCAGCAGCAGUGAGACUGAUGAAUCACCUGGGCUUAGAGUCUCAUUAAGUAUACUUUCAGUAAAAAUAAAGAAUUCAGAUAGAAUAUAUAAUACUGAAUUUAAAUAAGAUUUGGGGGUUUAAAUUUUAACUUUAUAAAAUUAUUUAUUCUAUUUUAAGCCUUCUGUCUCAUUUUACCAUACAAGUAUUUUUGGUUUUAGUGGUCCAGUUUUAUUUACGGGCAUAUAAAUUGAAAUUGUAAGAUGUUUCUACAAGCUUCUUCAUUUUACCUUGAGUAGCUUUCAUCUGUAUGUUUUUAUUUUGUAUGGAUAAAGAGCAUUACUUAUGCUUUUGUGCAAUAGGUUUGAAACAUGCAUUUAUUAGGCUUAUGUUUAAAUUGUAAAUGUAGCAUCUACUUACCAUUACAUUUAAAAGGAAUGUAGAUGGCUUUUCUCACUUGUUCAAAUCGAGUUUUAUUGGGGCUGUUAUUUGGGGGUGGACGUGUGUGUUUUAUGCUUUGUUCCAUUUUUUAUUUUAAGAGUGAAAUGGGGGAUUUAAAAUAUCUGUAAGUACAAGAACUAUCUGUCAGCAAUAUUUUAAAAUAAAUGAUCUUGCAAGAAACCUUAAUGUGAAUUGUGGAAGCAAUCUACAAGACUUGCAGCCUAUCUGAAAAUGUUUUGUGCCAUUGUUAGGUCUGGUAUAUUUGUGUACCAUCACACCUGGGAAUAUUUUUUUCUAUGGUUGUGCAAUAGUAUACACAACACUGUCACUCAGGAGAUAUGGGACCGUAAAAAAUAUCAGACUACAACUAUGAUGGUGCUAUUUUUUCCAAUAGGCUAUGGGCCUUUGAAAGCUUAUGUGACUCUUAUUGUCUUUAUAACAACACAGUUCUAGGGGAUUUACAGAUUUUUUUUUCUACUAGAUGAUAAAUAUAACUUGCUGUUUUACAGCAUUCUGCAUAUUACGUUGAGAUAACUAUAAUAGGAAAAAGCCAACCAGUCUGUACAUCAGUGAGAUGAAUCUUAGGUACACAUUUUGUACACAAGGCUUUACUGAACAGAAAAAUCAAGUUUCUGCUUUUCCUCAGGUAAUCACUUCAGUUUGGAUGUUUCACUGAAAACGUUAAUGCAACUUUAGUUAGUCUGCCUAAAGUUGAUAACAGAAAUUGUUCCUCACACGAGUCUCCCUACAUAAGAUACAAUUAGAUGUUACUUGGAUCUUGAGAUCCAUUUUUCAAGAAGUUGCAGAGAGCAACAAUAAAGAAUAUGGAACAAUGCUUCAAUCUCUGCUCUCAUCAAAACUUGCAGUCAGGACAAAAAUUACUUAGCAACUUGGGUCUUGUGGCAAAUCAACAGGUAGUGUUUUACCUGUUUUAUUUAUAUACAAAUUAAAGGUAUAAUUCUACUAUUUGUUCCAUAUUUUAUCCUACUUAGAGUUUUUUUGGAAAUCUAUUGAAGCCACAAUGACCUGUCCAUGUCCUGGUGGUAGGAUAGGAACUACAUGUCCAAUUCUAUGAACAUCUACAUUGGUAACUUUACUAAUAACCUGGAUGGUUCCACAGAAACCAGUGGGAUCAUUCAUUCAAACAGAGGUGUGGCUGAAGGAAGAACUGAGUUUUGAGUACUGAUACUCCACUGUUUUUGUUAUUUCUGUUUGAAAUGGAAAGUAUUGGUUUGAUGGAAUCUUUAAUUCAAGUGACUUAUCUGGACAAAAGGAAAGUUUGUUCUUUCCUUUUGCAAACAGGAUCAUUUUGCAGUUAAGGGACAAUUAGCCAGUGCAACCACUAAGCCUUUUAUCCUCAUAUGUGGCAUAAUAAAGAUUCUGGAACUGUCAGAGUGUAAAACCAUAUUUUUGGCUUAGCUUCAUUUAAAAGUUUACAAUUUUUUAUGCUUUGUGUUGCUGUGUAAUUUCUGUACUACUGGUGGCUAGUUUUGUCUGAAUAAGCCUUUUGGGGAUUCAUGCUUAAUGUUUUGAUUUUAUGAUAGUGAAGCUUGUAUCAGUGUUUUGCCAAUGAAUACUAUAUGCUUGUUAAUAAAAGCAGAGAAACUAA